AUGCCCCGCAACAGAGGAUACCAGGGUGAUAAUGAACCUGACAACGGUGUCCGGGGAAACAGGCGGAACCCUCAGGGCUCACAAGGACGGGAACAGGAAGUGUUCAACACGGAUGAGAGCAAUGAGUCCAUCAAAAUGCAGCCUAUGGCUCCCGGUGGCCCCCAUCAAAUGCAGAGUUCCAGUUAUCCGCAAGACCCUGACAACGGUCUUCGGGACUCACAGGGACGGGAGCAGGACGUGUUGGAUGGGAGCCAAAAUCCGAUCACUAUGCAGCCCAUGGCUUCCGAUGGCCCCUAUCAUAUGCACAAGUCCAGCUUCCCGCAAGGACCGAUUUCUCCUGGGCACCAACAACAAGACUUGAAUGCACCCGGACACUUAGCCCCACACGACAAGGUCUCACACGGAUAUGAUAUACCAGGGCACGCCGCCCCUCAGGGUAACGUGCCCCACGUAUAUGAUGAAUCAGGCAACGUGUACCACGGUCAAAGCGUACCAGGUCAAUUGGUCCCACAAGGCCCGAUGGCGCCAGGAUAUAACCAUGCACCACAUAUACAAGGCGUUAUGAAGGACGAAGAGUCGCAAUAUGAUGGAUACAUGCCAUCGAUGGUUUCCAUCAUCAUCAGGAGGCUUGUGACAGUAGCAGUCCUUAUCUUUAACGAAACUCUCAACUGGUUGAAGUAUUUUGACUGGAUGGGCACAGUUGAUCUACCCGCCAUGUUUGGGUACUUUGGUAAGAAAGGAAAGGUAGAAGCUAUCGAAUGCAGUCCAAAGGCCCCCUUUUUACCGACGAUUUACGGCAUUUUCUGUGGAAUUGCCACCGUGUUUGCUCUUUUCCAAAUUAUCAACACCAUUGGCGAAACGCUUCUUGAUUACCAUCAGACGAAAAACGGACCGAAUGAUAAAGACGUCAGCGCAUCGCAAGGAGGCUUGCCUCAGAAUAACGAUCAAACAGACACUGUGCCCCAGGACAGAAGCCUUAACCAAUCGGAAAAAGAGAUCACCGGCAUCCACGUGUUCCGCGGAUUUCAACUUCUACAUGGAUGGGUUGAAACGGUCGCUGCGAUGGUUGUGGAAGACAUACCUCAGAUCAUCGUGAUUGCCGCGUCAAGCUACUACUGUACCGUCAACGUAGAAGACGCUGUAUUUCUCUUCAUCUGGUAUAUCGUUAAGGUAUUUAAAAACGGUUUCAGGAUUUCUUUCUGCAAACAGAAGUACAAGCCAUGCAUUUUGGACUGUGAUAAGGCCAAGGACCGCUGCUGCUCGGAAUGGUGCACCUGGACUUGUCCUCUGCCCUGUUGUUGCAUUAUUCUUGUCAGCAGGCAAUGCCCGGUGGGCGAUGAACCACGCUGUGAGACACAGCCGAUGCAGAUCUGCCCUGAUUGUGAGAUAAAGUCGGUCUGCCCUGACAAAGAAUGUUGCAGUGGCCCAAGAAUUUGUGCCGGCCUCUGCCAGGCGCGCAAUCCCAAAGACAAAGACCCAGAAUGGGCGACGGAAUUGCUAAAGAAACUAGAUAUGCUUUUUGAAAUCGGCGGUGUUGCUGUUGUUGUCUUACAAAUACUUGGCUUUACUAAAACAUACCAUGCUUCCCUUUAG